AUGGCGCCACAUGUAAUCGUUGGUCAGGUGCUUGUACCUGUACUGCUGGUUGGAAUGGCAAGUCAUGUGAUCAACCGUGUUCUAAUCACCGCUAUGGAAUGCCGUUGUGCGAAAAUUGCUCUUUGUGAUCCUGUAGAUGGCUCUUGUACGUGUCGCAACGGUUUCUCCGGCACACUAUGUGAUAAAGAAUGUCUUUGUCCAGACGGGUCACCAUGCCAGUCUGAUGGUUCUUGUGCGUGUGAACGAGGCUGGACAGGACAAAGAUGUGACCAACCAUGCCCUCUUGGUACGUUCGGAACUGGGUGUUCACAGGAAUGCCUAUGUCAAAACGGAGCACACUGUAAUCAGACAGAUGGAACCUGCACUUGUUCAUCAGGUUGGAUGGGGGAAGUCUGUGAUGUUGGAUGUCAGGAGGGGUAUUACGGACUUGAAUGCAGAGAUGUGUGUUCUUGCGUGAACGGUGCGAAUUGUAGCCACACCAGUGGUUCAUGCUUUUGUGCACCAGGCUGGAUUGGAGAGACAUGUUCUGAGAUGUGUCCAGAAAACUUCUUUGGCGAAGGUUGUCGGACGGAUUGCCUGUGCCAGAACGGAGCACAUUGCCAUCAUAAGGAUGGUCAUUGCGAUUGCAGUCCUGGGUGGACGGGUGAUCUCUGCGAUGAAAGAUGUCCACAAGGUUCAUACGGAAUGGAUGGAUGGCCAACCUGGAUGGACUGGGGACUUGUGUACUGAGGUUUGCCCGACAGACACUUAUGGAUUAGGAUGUACUGUG